AUGGAAGAAGAAUUUUUGAGAUAUUUGAAAGCGAAACGCCGUGAAUGGCCGCCGUCAAGGUACAUUAGUGGAAGAGAGGAUCUGAUAAGCAAAUUGCCUGAUUCUUUGAUACUUCAGAUACUUUUGUAUCUUCCGACGACAAAAGAAGCUGUUAGGACCAGUGUUUUGUCCACUAGGUGGAAAAGUCUCUGGCUUUUGAUUCCCAAUUUGGAUUUGGACUCUUCCAAGUUCCCAGAUUACAAUGCUUUUGUGGGUUUUAUGGACAAGUUCCUAGAUUUCUCAAGGGAACACAAGUCAUGCUUGCACAAGCUUAAGCUUUGUAUUCACAAGGGUGAGAGUGAUCAGUCUUGUGUCACUCGUUGGUUAGACUUUGUGGUUAGGCGUAAACUUAAGCAUCUUGAUGUUGAGUGUCUUGUGAACCGUAAGUUUCUAGAGGAGAUGCCGUUAAGUCUUUAUGUAUGUGACACGCUGGUGUAUCUAAGACUCCAUCGAGUAUCGUUGGGUGAGUUUGAGUCUGUGUCUUUGACUAGUCUAAAGACUAUGCGUUUAGAAGAGAAUGUGUAUGCUAAUGAUGUGGUUCUAGAGUCACUUAUCUCGUCUUGCCCUGUUCUCCAAGAUUUGAGCAUUCUUAGAAUGGUAAAAGAUAACGUAAAGGUUUUACGUGUGCGGUCUCAAACGUUAACCAGUCUUCGUGUAGACUUUCAUUUUGGUGAAGGUGAUGACUACGAUGAUUUUGAUAAGAAAGUCUCAGGGGUUUUUAUUGAUGCCCCAAGACUCGAGUAUUUGAAAUUCGAAGAUGAUUUAUCCAACAGUAAAAUCAUUACAAAUUCUGGUUCCUUAGCCAAGGUCAAUCUUGUUUAUGUCUUUAAUGAGUCUGAUUGUGCUGAUGUGGCUGACUUACCAAAGCGAAAUAUGGUCCGUACUUUUCUUACCAGUAUCUCCGGAGUUAGGGAUAUGAAGAUGGCUGACGGUUUUGUGGAGUUUCUCUAUUAUAACAUAGUCUUCGACCCACUGCCCCAUUUUUGCAACCUUUCGUGUCUAAAAGCGGAGUUUUCUUUACAUUAUCUGGAGAUUCUGCCAACUGUUCUUGAGAGUUGUCCCCAUCUAAAAUCACUCGUCUUGGUGUUGGAAUUUGAUCCGUCGAGAGAGGAUGUGCAAAUAAGUUUCUCAUCUGUACCUCGGUGUUUAGUUUCAUCACUCGAGUUUGUAGAGAUAAAAUACUUCAACGGAGGGCCUGCUAAAAUGGAAGUAGCAAGGUACUUUGUAGAAAACUCAAGAGUCCUCAAAAAACUUGUUCUGCAUUUGAGGUGUUCCUCGCACCAGGAAGGAUUUUACAUGCUAAAGGACCUCCUUGAAUUACCCAGAGGAUCUAGCACAUGUCGAAUCAUAGUUUGUUGA